CGACCCAACCACCAGGUCCUUUGUGCUAUCUGCAACGCCGAUUAUUUGCUGAUCCAGCGCGUCGCUAAUAUGCGGUCGUUCAAUCCCCGCAUGCGCUGACGACCGCCUCGCCAUCCGCCAGCGCAAUCCCUCAUCCGACACUCAUCCUUGCCUACUCUAUCGGGGACAUCCGACGCACUCGGAAGAAGAACAUCCAGCCAGCCCAUCGAGCACCACACUACGCGUGCCUAAUUGUGUGCAGCCGUGGGCAGAAGCGGCCGGCAUGACACGGCCCAAAGUGCCACCCGAACAACGACAGCGCACCGCCCAGGCCUGUGAAAGCUGUAAGCGUCGAAAGCAGAAGUGCAACGGCCUCUGCCCUUGUAAUACCUGCGAGAAGAGGAAGUUCACGUGCAUCUAUAGCGAGCGGGACGCCCCAUCCCCUUCCGAUGGCAGGCCAGCAAAAAAGCAAACACUGGAGGGCGACCACACCAGCCCGAGCAUUCACGACCAGUCUGCAUCCCAUACUCCAGCCAAUGUACAACACGCUCCGUCACCGCUCAAUAUCCCUCCUCAUGUGUCUCCCACUCUUCAACGGGCAGGCUACGGCGCACAGGAGCCUGUAUCUCACCCAUUGAGCGUCAAGCAGGAGAGUUACUUCAAGGCUCCCGAUGAACAGCCCACCAUUGAAGCUGCGGCGUCAUUGCAGCAGCUUGCGGCAGGCUCAUCUAUGGACGAUCCCCCGCCAUUGAUGUCACGUGGUUCCACAGUUCAAAGCGGGCAGGAGGAGGAGGCUGUGGUCUACACUCAGACCAGAAUGCUGCAAGACCCGACAGGCAGACUGCUCUAUGUCGGCGAUUCGGCGACGCUCUCUUUCCUUCAGCUCCUACGGAUGAUGGUAGAAAACGCCAUCGGACAAUCUCCGUUUACCAACGAUCCUCGUCGGCAUAAGAUCGUCGAAGGUCAAUUCUCUCUGCCAGCCGGAGCCCCGCAUACUCAUCUCCUACCUGACCAAAGAACGGCUCGUGUGCUUGUCGACGCCUUCUUCAUCAACACGCACGGUCUUUUACAGGUAUUCGAGCGCCAUCAAUUCUUGGAAGAGCUUGACCGAUGCUAUUCCGAUCCACUCUCCACAGAGCCUUCGUGGCUCUGCUUGUUGAACUUGGUCUUCGCCAUUGGCUUGACUAUGGCGACGCCUCUUUCUGGUAGUCCGGAAGCCCUCAUCGUUGACAAACUUAGAAGCGAGCAUUUGGACCGAGCGGAAGUUUUCUACUUGAACGCUAAACAUCUUAACGAUCCUAUGACUGGAUUAGAGGACCAAGACUUCUGGUCGAUACAGGCAUUGCUCCUCAUGUCCGUUUACAUGCUCGCCAAGUCGAAACGUAACAACGCUUUUGCACUGCUGGGCAUGGCUGCUCGCUCCGCUCAGGCGCUAGGCCUCCACAGAGAAGAGACUAUGGUGAUAUUCAGCCAAGAAGAUCAAAAAGCACGGAAGAACUUGUGGCGCUCUAUAUUCGUCAUGGACCGCCUUCUCUCGUGCUCCUUAGGCCGUCCUACCGCGAUAUCGGAAACCGACUGCUCUGGAGACGCUCUUCACCCACCGGAGCCACCACCGGACCCAGCUUUCAGCACAACUUCCAACAUGAACGCGGACUUUAGUGAGACCGGUGCAUAUGGUCUCGAAGCAGCCGUAAGAAGCUGUUCUGCCAUUGGGCUCAUUCUCAACAAAGUCUACCAACGCCGCAAAAUAAGCACACGCCUGGCCCAAGAGAUCGCGGACAUUUGCAAAUCGUGGCCGCGUGCUCUACCCCCUAUGCUCCAUUGGCGUCAGGCGGCGAGCGCUAGUCCAAGUCAGGGUGUUGCCAUUCUCCAUGUCAACCUCUUCUACUGUCACUCCAUCAUUCUGCUUACGCGACCUUUCUUCCUGUACAUUUUGAAUAUGGAAUCCCAACGGCAAAUUAGUCAAGCAUCUACCGGAAACCGAGCACCGAGACCGUAUCUUCGUAUGGAGAAGUUCAGCGAAGCUUGCGUCAUCGCAUCGACGCAUACAAUUCUUCUCGUCCAAAACGCCUUUGAUGCUGGAUACCUUUCACGCCGCAAUCCUGCCGUCAUCUACUUCCUAUUUGCCGCUGCGCUCGUGAUCCUAGCCAACGAAUUUGCUGGACUCUACAAAGUCGACUCUGCAGAUUCUUGCAUCCUCAACGCUAUCACGAUCAUGAACUACUGCGCCGAAAGCGACCAGCAAGCAAGCCGGUUAGUCUACAUCUUGAACUCAUUUCGAGAUGUUGUGGCACAGCAAAGAAUGCGGAGGAAGCAAAGCCAGUCAGAUAAUCUGAAUCUACCCAGCAUAUCCUCCCAGCUGUACGGCGUAUCCAUACCGAAUCAGCAGCAGAACGCAGCGGCAAUGCCAAGAUCCGAUCCGAACAACGUAACACCACGCCUUCAUCAAGUACCAAUCCACAUCUACCCUGGAAUGCAGACUGCUCCCGUCGGCGACCCCUCAUCCUCCUUCCAACCGCAGCCUCUAGCACAAACUCUAGUUCCACCGAACUUAUCCGUCCACCUCUCGCCCAUCCAGCACACUCCAGCAGCCACCACUGGUACAGAGACCUUCAAUAUUGAGCUACCUUCCAAACCUCCCAGCCUCUCAAAUGUGCUCGACCUUUCUGGUCUCGAUGCAACGAGGGUACCAAGCCUGUAUUCUGAAGAGAGCGGCGCGGAUGAGCAGAUCGAUUUCGAUGCUCUAUGGGCGUGGCCCAGCAAUACUCCUGCUCUCGGCAGCCCGCGAGUUGCAGGAGACGGAGGCUUGAACGGAGGCAUGAUGGAAAGGGUGCAAGGGGUCAGUGAUAGCGCGGUACCACUUUUUGGAGUAGUGAGGAAUGAGACCAUCGAGGGAUAGCACCGCCGUUAUCGCGCAGGCGUUGGAUAUGAUGAUCAAGUUGCAGGAUAUGGACUGUAUAAUGGCCUCAGAGAUUGUACAUAUGCGCAUAUGGGUCUCACUGUGCACGGUGCGAAGGUGGUACCUCAGGUUUGUGGAGCUCAAAGCUAUACUAGAUUUGGCUUAAUCUUCAAAGUCGCAC